GGGAGGACAAACGAAAGGGAAGACGUCGGUGACAAUCAAGACGAAUCUUGGAGAUCUGAAGGUCACACAAACAUUCCAUCGCCCAUUGUGUUCAUGUCCGUCAUCAUCGUGCUCCUGUCUGUGUUUGUCUGUCGUGCUGUUCACAGGUUGAGCUGUUCUGUCAGCAGGCGCCUAAGUGCUAAAAGGUGGGCGAGGAAACACGCGCAUGGAUCAAUGCUCGUGACCCGCAGCACAAUGUGUCUGCAGCAAAGUGGUGUGCAUCUUCCAUCCCUGCGCGUCGCUGUCUGUCUGGCCACACACUGCUGUGGCCCUAUCGAUUGCAAACACCGAUCUCCGCUGACCGAGCUGUCUGACAAUGAGUGGCCACGACGCCGCCCUCUCUGACGACGCCCAAUCGCUAUCAAGCGCCUCCACUGUGGCCAUGCCGACAUUUGAGACGACCAUCCCGUCUUGAGCAUCAACCCAUGAGCACCGUCGGCGCAUUCGUAAGGCAAGCAGUCCUGCCCCAGUCACAGCGUGGCAUCCUCCCUCUCUCUGUGUGUGUAGGUGCGGGUCCGUGGUUUGCCGAACAACGCGUCGGAGCAGGACAUCGUGUCCUUCAUGCUGCCACUGCGGUGCCACACCGAUGAAGUCACCAUCAUACGAGACCGUCACGUAAGCAGCCACGCCACAUGACAUCGUAUUCCUUCCGUCGAGAUUGCUGUGUGUCGCUUGUGUGUUCUCGCUGGCGUCUUCAGGGCUAUGCUACGGGUGAUGCAUUUGUUCGUUUCAACUCCGAUGCAGAGGUGAGGUCAAGAACAGCCGCUGGCAGCGUGCUCACACGUUCGUUUGUGUGUCUUUUUGUCUGUCCCCUGAUCACACGCAGGCGCACCAGGCCUUGACGACGAACGGCCAGCGUCUCGGCGCUUAUUGUAUCGAGGUUCUUCCCUGCUCGUGCACCGAGUAUGACACCUACGUCAGCCGAGUGAUGAAUCGCGAAAAGAAGAAGGCUCUCCGCUAUACAGUGUACCACUCGCUGAAGGCGCUCAAGGACAGGAACACACGAGAGAUCGCGCACCUCGCUCAGCGGUCCGCCAUCGAACAGUAG